AUGGCUUCUGUCGUAACACAGGCGGCCACUGCAGCUUCGUCUGCAGCUGUUGCGACACCUACAAACAGAGCUGCUCCUCAGGGUGGGAUCUUCGACCAUUCGAAUCCGUCUCGGUAUGACCCGAAGAACCCACUUACCUUGUUCAUCAUUCAGGCUGGGAUAAUCGUCAUUUUCUGUCGUCUGCUGCAUUUCCCGCUCUCCAAGAUGCGCCAGCCUCGCGUGAUAUCAGAAGUCAUCGGUGGGAUCUUGCUCGGUCCUUCAGUGAUGGGCAGGAUCCCCGGGUUUCGAGAGACUAUUUUCCCAGAGGAAUCGCUCCCCAAUUUGAACCUGGUGGCCAAUCUAGGCCUUGUCCUGUUCCUCUUCAUGAUUGGUCUCGAAACCAAUAUUAAAACGUUGACGAGCAACUGGAAAGUUGCUGUUAGCGUGUCUGCCGCUGGUAUGAUUCUUCCCUUUGGACUGGGUAGCGCCAUUGCAUAUGGGCUGUACCACCAGUUCCGGGGAGAUCCUGGUUUGGCACCGAUUGAUUUCGGUACUUAUAUGCUUUUCAUCGGUAUAGCUAUGGCCAUCACGGCAUUUCCUGUUCUUUGUCGUAUCCUUACUGAAUUGGAGCUGUUGGACACCAAUGUUGGAGUAAUUGUCCUCUCGGCUGGGGUUGGCAACGAUGUUGUCGGCUGGAUUCUGCUCGCUCUUUGCGUUGCGCUUGUUAACGCAAGCACAGGGCUUACGGCGCUAUGGGUCCUCCUUACUUGCGUUGCCUUCACCUUGUUCUUGAUGUACGCUGUUCGUCCUGUUUUCCACUGGUUUCUGAAACGGACAGGCAGUCUUCAUGAUGGGCCCAGUCAAUCUGUGGUUGCCCUAACACUCCUUUUGGCUUUGGCAGCGGCUUUUUUCACACAGGUGAUUGGUGUCCAUGCUAUCUUUGGUGGCUUUUUAGUUGGGAUUAUCUGUCCCCACGACGGAGGGUUUGCCAUCAAACUCACAGAGAAGAUUGAGGAUGUAAUCGGCGCUCUCUUCCUUCCGCUAUAUUUUGCUCUCUCUGGGCUCAACACCAACGUUGGCCUGCUCGACUCUGGAAUUGUCUGGGGCUAUGUUUUUGCAAUUGUGUUUAUCGCACUUAUCGCGAAGAUUGUAGGCGGCAUGCUGGCCUCGAGGUUCAACGGCCUACUGUGGAGAGAAAGCGCCACGAUCGGCGUCCUGAUGAGCUGCAAAGGGUUGGUAGAACUUAUCGUCUUGAACAUUGGACUUCAAGCAAAGAUUCUGAGUCUGCGUACUUUUACCAUUUUCGUGGUCAUGGCACUGAUUACAACUUUUGCCACCACUCCUCUUACUUUGUGGCUAUAUCCUGAAUGGUAUAGAACCAAGGUGUAUCGAUGGAGACGCGGAGAAAUUGAUUGGGAUGGGAACCCUAUCGAUUCAGAGACCGAAACUAGUGGCCAUGGCUCAGAUAUUCUCCAGCAAAAGGCACGCUCCUUGUCGAUCAGGAAAUUGAUGGUUUAUCUUCGCCUCGACAACCUUCCGGGCCUUUUUACGUUUAUUUCCUUAUUGGGAACCAAUGAUACGAUGGCUGUUGAAGGCUCAAAGACCCACCAUAGCCAUGGUAAAACGGAAACCGGUCAACCUACAAGUUCGAAGAAAAGCAGGCCCGUCGAAGUCCAUGGAGUUCGAUUGAUCGAACUCACGGAUCGUGAUUCUAGUGUGAUGAAAGUCUCGGAAGCCCAUGAUUAUAGCUUCAGCGACCCUAUCCUGAAUACGUUCCGCACAUUUGGACAAUUGAAUAAGGUGGCCGUUUCCGGAGCUGUUGUUAUCUCCCCAGAGCAUGCGUAUGCGGAAACUUUGGUGAACAAAGCUCGGGACUUCUCCUCGGAUUUCAUACUUGUUCCAUGGAGCGAAACCGGAGGCAUGAGUGAACGCCAGAUUCCGUUCCUCGAUGAGAACAGCGAGAAGUUUUCGAGUGGUCCGCACAGCGCAUUUAUUUCGAAUGUCUUGAGGAAUGCCAAAAGCCCCGUUGGCAUCUUGGUGAAUAAUGGGUUCGGCGGGCCCGCCUUAACCCAACCGAAACCGGGGCACAUCAAGCGGACUAUUAGCGGGGGAAGCAUGUACCAAACCAAUGAUCUGGCAAUGACACCCUCUCUGGAAGAUGGCCAUCACAUCUUCUUCCCCUACUUUGGGGGUGACGACGAUCAGGUUGCUCUCCGCCUGGUUCUCCAGCUUGCUAAAAAUGCAGCAAUAACAGCGACGAUUGUCCAAGUCGUGCUUGAUGGAGAAACAACUUCCGACUCUUCAUCUAAGCGCCCUGCAGUAUUUUACGGUCUUGCUGUGACAUCGGACGAGAAAGAGGCCGAUGGUGCGUUUUUCAACACCAUUCGUGAUUCUCUUCCUUCAGAACUCGCACCGCGGGUUAUCUUCCAGACAAUGCAUGCUACCGGUACGGAGCUGAUUAGCGCCACUUUGCAAACGGCCAAGCUGGAUGUCGGCAGAUCAAAACAAAAUCGCGGCGACAUCGUCAUUGUAGGCCGGAAUAGCGUUGUUCAUGCCACGGGAUCCAGUUUCGGCCUCAGCCCGUCUUCGGCUACUGGGGAGAUCGGAUCAGAAGCUCGAAAGGCACUCGGCGUCGUUGGUGGAUCGAUGGCUGCGAAGGUGAACGGGGUCGAGGCGAGUGUUCUCGUGGUGCAGGCGGGCAAGGAAAGUUGA